AUGCUGAAUGCCCCCCUCAAAGAUUGGGCCCUGGUUAAUGCAUGCGGGCCGAGGGUCGCGGUGCGCAGAAUUUGUGCAACCUGGGGUGCUGGCCCAUGUGCUAACCCUGGAUGCUUAAUCUACUGAGUAACGUUCUGGCGGAGGGGGAGAGGGGCAGAGCUUUGCAAGACAGGAUAGGUGAGUUUAUUAAGGGGGUUGACUUACUGGGAUUACUAGAAAAGAAAAAGAGGUUUGACCAGAGUGGCUAGAAGUGGAGCAAGGAGAUUGUAGUUAGAACAUUCCCUUGACCCCCUCCCCAACACAUGCACACACACCAGGUUAGCAGUUUACCUCUUUGUAAAUCUGAAGCGGUGGUAGUGGUGAUGGUGGAAGGAGUGAAUAAGGGGCCUAACCUGGCUAUCUUUCUGUGUGCCUGUCUUGCAAAUGGUCCAGCAACAGGUGUUUUCUUUAAAAAAAAGCAUGAAUUUGGAUUGAGGCUUGACUGUGAGUUCUUGUAAAAUUUAACUGCUCAUUGUUGACUUGGAAGAUGCUGCAUGUGGGGCCCCCGAUGGGGGUUUGGAUUUUGUCCUUAGAGCUGGAUUUUGCAACGAAUAGUGCCCAGCGUUGCGUCUGCUUGAGGUCUCUGGCCACUUCAAUAGCAUUUACUCUUGUCAGACAUUUCGUCAGUUUCCCAGGGGAAGGGCAGCAAAACAUGAAUCCUAUUGGCUAAAAGACUGUACGCUAUUCAAACUAUAGUAGGUUGUGAGUGGCUAAAUGAGUUUUGAUUGUAGAGUUUCUUCCAGAAAUUGGCUUCAUCAAAUUCUGCUUUAUUCUGACUUUAUCAUAUACAGCCUGCCCUGUUUUAGUGGGUUCUUGCUUGGAACUUAAGUUUAUUAUACCUGGAUCUCUUACUAUUUAAAAGCCAAUUUAUAAACAGGGACUUGAAGUGUGACUCCACUAAUGUGUGUCUGUGAUCCUGGUUAGAAACCCACUUGGCUGCCUUUUCCUCAGGAGGAGGGGGUUGGGGGGAGGGAGCUGCCGGGAAGUGAUUGAUAAGGUUUCCUUUAUGGAUUCUGUGGUGCUUCACUGGAGCUCAGAGCACUUUGGCAACUUAAGCACUCCAAAUUAAAAGCUCAUUAACAAUUCCUGCCCAAAGAUCCUGUAAAUAAUCAGCUAGCUAGGUCAUAGAGCUUGGCUAAGAGCUCUUCUUCCAACUUGAAAUUUCCAAAUAAAAGUGCUUUUAUUCCCUUUCAUUUUGAAAAGUGUUUUCUUUGUGGUGGGGUAAAUCCGUGAGUGGCCUUUUCCCAGCGGAUCUGAGUAGAAGAAAGUCUUAAAUGUGUGGAAUGGUAGACAGGAAUAUAUUAGUUCCAACCCUAGGUGUUUAUGCAAAAGACAUCACUAACAGGGGCAUCUCUGCAACUUCUGGUCCUUUGGAGGAUAUGAAUUAGUUGAAAAGGAUGAUAGGUAUCUAUUGAUGUUUUGACUUGGGAUUUAGUUACCUUGACUUUCUUAGAGUUUGAAGCAGGCUUGGAAGUAUCCCGAAAGUGUUUCCUAGUCUAUGUGGCCAUUUGCAGUAUGACUUGUGGAUUUGUGGCAACCAGCCCCUCCCCCAAUCCUGGCCCAGCCUUAGUUCCUUAGUUCUGAAUAUUGUCAGCCUUACCAGUGUCUUCCUCCUUGACUAGACUAGGAUUCUGAAAUUACCCAAAGAGGCACCACUUCAUGGCUAUCUUUCUCGCAUUGGGGCUUUCCAGCUCUCACAGAACCUUCAGCAUCCCCAGCUGCCAGUCUUGGCAUCUUCGAAGUAAGGAGAGUUGUCAUUGUGAACAUACGAUAAAAACAUAGCCGCUCAUGGUGGCAGCCAGCAGACAGGAGGAAUUGACAACUAAAGCAAGGCACUGCUCUUCAUAAUGGAAAAUUUUCAGACAAUGGGUGUUCCAUUCAGAAUCCCAGAACUGGCCAGAGCUCCAUUUAAAGAUGAAGGCCCGUGUUGCAUGUUGUUUUGAGAAUGAUCUGGGAGACUCAGAGCUGUAAUAAUGCUGCAGGUGCUGCUAUUAGGGUCUUGAACUUCGUUUUAGAUGCUUCUGGAUGUUCAAUGCUAGCACCUUUACAGACUGGAGCAGCUCGAUUUUCUUCGUAUUUACUUUCAAGAGCAAGAAAAGUGCUGGGCUCCCACUUAUUUUCUCCCUGUGGUGUUCCGGAGUUCUGCUCCAUAUCCACCAGAAAGCUGGCGGCCCACGGCUUUGGCGCAUCCAUGGCGGCAAUGGUGUCCUUCCCUCCCCAGAGGUAUCACUACUUUUUAGUGCUGGACUUUGAGGCCACGUGCGACAAGCCACAGAUUCAUCCUCAGGAAAUCAUCGAGUUCCCCAUCUUGAAGCUAAAUGGCCGGACCAUGGAGAUUGAGUCUACCUUUCACAUGUAUGUCCAGCCUGUAGUCCAUCCACAGCUUACCCCAUUCUGUACAGAGCUCACCGGGAUUAUUCAAGCCAUGGUGGAUGGUCAGCCAAGCCUGCAGCAAGUGCUGGAGAGGGUCGAUGAGUGGAUGGCGAAGGAAGGCCUCUUAGAUCCAAACGUCAAGUCAAUUUUUGUCACCUGUGGAGACUGGGACUUAAAAGUCAUGCUCCCAGGCCAGUGCCAGUACUUGGGCUUGCCAGUGGCGGAUUACUUCAAGCAGUGGAUUAAUCUGAAAAAGGCUUACAGCUUCGCCAUGGGCUGCUGGCCCAAGAAUGGACUUCUAGACAUGAACAAGGGCCUCAGCCUGCAACACAUAGGCCGGCCCCACAGCGGCAUUGACGACUGCAAGAACAUUGCCAACAUCAUGAAGACACUCGCCUAUCGAGGCUUCAUCUUCAAGCAGACAUCGAAGCCGUUCUGAUUGGCCGAGGACAGGAUGGGGCAGGACAGGGUAGCUGUUUGGCCCAGCCCAGAAUCCUCCUCUCCCUCACCAGAGGGGAAGAGGGAGAGUGGCAUAGCUCUGCAUCCAGAGUGUCCCCCAGCUGCCCUGUGGGCUUGUGCCCUUGGCGUGGGCUUGUGCCCUUGCAAGGGCUUGGCCACUUGGCCCUUCUGGAGCAGACACUUUGUGCCCCCCAUCCCCACCCCUCAAUCUCAGCCCAGUAUUAGCCCCUCCCAUUGCGGGCCUGGGCUAGGGGAACCCAGGCACUCACCGCCUCCUCCCUGGUACACAGGCUUCUGUGGGGCCACCAAGCCCCCCCUGUGCCCCCUCCCAUCCAUAGUGCAUGGUGUGUGGUGCCCCCAGGGCUCCAGGACAGAUCAGGCCCCACCUUGUGUCUACCCCCAUCCCCGCUGUGAACGUGCCACUGAAUAAAGUCGGGGAAACGAGGCA